AGUUUAAAAUGGCGCUAGAAUUUGUAGGUCAAUCUCGACGAUGACAUUGAUGCCGCUACAAUGCGCUUUGAAGCCUCGGAACAGUAAACAGAAAGCUCGAUAUAAUGUGCAAUAAGUUUUAAUCCAGUAAAAUGAGUUCCAAAACGCCAUCGAAAAGAAAAGGCACCCCUCGCAAGUUGUCACUCACACCGCCCCUGAAGAGGUUUUUGUCAGAGGAUGAUGGUAACAACACCAGCCCAAGUCAUGGGAUGAAUGUUACAGCCGCUCAGCCAGCACAGAAAGUGGAUGAUUCCACUGAGAGGCAUUGUGAUUACACUGAACAUUCAGAUGUUAACACCUCAGAAAAUCAAGUUGAGAGUAGAUUAAAUGAUUUAAUCACUAAAGAAUGUACAGGUGAAGGUGCAACUGAAUUAUCGCCAAGUCAACAAAAGGAUACUAUUCAGGAAAAUAUGGAACAAGAAGGAAAGGAUAAAAAUGAUGCCUCAAAUGAAGCAUUUUGCAGUCAGACCCCCAUAGUUUUACCUGAUGUUUCCAAAAGUACACCAGAAAAGGCAAGUGAGGCGUCUGAACAUUCACAUGAUUCUGCAUCACUCAAAACCAUACAGGAAACAACGCCUACUAAAAAGAAGCGCGUCCAACUGGUUAAAGGAAGAUCUGGAAAGAAAAGUAGUCCUUUGAAGAUCAAAUUGACGUCUUCGCCGCGUAGAUCGACCAGAAAGUCUCCAUUUUUUACUCGUAAAAAUGAUGAGGGAAAAAGAAAAGGAACCCCUGGAAAGUCCUCACACACUGAGGCUAGUGAAAGACUUGAACAGCUGAGGGAAGAAUUGACAUUGUUAAAUGAGGAAAGUAAAGGGAUCACUACGCAUAUAUUCCAAGGUUCUAGUUCAAGUGAAAAAAAGGGGAGAUUGUCAGGUUCAGCGUCACCGCAAAAGGAGGUCACCCCUAGAAAAAGGACACCAAGAAAAGUUGGGAGCCCCAUAAUGAAAAAGAGGAAAAAGGAAAAAGAUGAUGAUUUAGAGAUGCAAAAGCUUAUUUUGGGAUCACCAGACCCAGAAAAGCUACGCAUCAUAGAAUCUGACAGUGAGAUGGAUCUGUGUCUUGAAGAGAAAGCCAAGAAGAAUAACCUCACUGCUAAGAAUGUGAAAAACAUAUUGCAUCAUGUCCUAACCAAUGAACACGUGGUGGCCAUGAUGAAGAACACUCUGUCCAUGGAAGACCCCAGUGAGGCACCUUAUGUUCCAAAAAUGACCAGAGCUAAGGUCAAGGAGGUCAUGCAGAAAGGAAAUGUUCCUUUACCACUGCCCCUGUCACCAAUCAAAAAGCCACAGAAAGUCAAGAACUUUCUUCAGCUGAGCUUUGAAGAUGAUGAGGAGGAUGAUGAAUAUGUCCCAGAGAACGAGUCAUUUCAAGACAGUGAUGAAGACAGUGAGAGUGUGGCCUCCUCUCAAACCAGUGAUCUUGGUUCUCCAAUUCCAAGGCCUCGAACUCCUUCUACACCCAAGCAGCAGAGAGUGCAGUUAAAACCUCUGGGAGAAAGCACCCCUAAAGCCAAGGCCUUGGUGACAAAAGAACAGGAGCCUUCUUUGCCUACAGAAACAGAAAAGCCUGUUAGCUCCCCUAAACCUGCAGCUGAACCAGCCCAACCAGAAAGCAGCAGCACAACUUUGACAGCUGAUGCACAAAAGACAAGCACUAUUACAGAACCAAAAUUUUAUACAGAGACUAUGGGUCCUCCCCUUGAAUUGCCCCCAAAGUCUAAACUUAGUAAAGGAGAAAAAACACAAGCGGAAAAAUCUGAGGAAGAUACCAUUGCUCUUCGAACCAGAUCCAAGCUUCCUUUAAAGGACACCCCCCUGGAUGUGAUUGAGUCUUCCUUUGUGGCCCCAGAUAUCACCCCUGAUAUGUAUGACUUUGAACAUGAUGACCAAGAAUGGACAGGGUUCUUGACUGGGCUGCUCAAGGAUGAUGACCCCAGUUUGUUUGAUGCAGUAGAAGAUGAAAGCAUGGAUGACCCAGAGUAUAACUUUCUGGCUGAUGAAGAAGAAGUGGAUGAGGAGGAUUACAGAAAUGAUCAAUCAGUCCGGGUGUCAAAAAAAGAACUGAAUGAAUUAAUGGAUGAAGUGUUUGAGGCCUAUGGUGGCUGGGAGGGGCUGGAGCAGGAUGAUGACAAGAUUGAAGAGGAGAUGUGGACCCAAGGAUUAUUACAGGGAACUAGCUGCAAAGUUGACAACAGGCUCGUCUCCAAGAUGGUGCAAGAUGGAGAAGUGGUUAAGAAAAAAGACAGUAAAAAGAAAGUAAAAGAAGCUGAUAAAAUCCCACAAGUAACUCCAGAGGAGAGGGCACAGUUGGAUCUACAAAUGAGAAAACAUGUGCAGUUGUUAACCCAAAUGUUCGUGCUCUCCAAACCAAUACCAGAUUAUUCAGAGGUGGCCUCAGCAAGUAGAAAACUCUUGGAGGAAGUAGAUCUGUUCAGACAGAAGUCCCAGGCAGGUGCCUUGUCAGCAUUCAAUGCCCUCAACUUGGCAGAUGCUCUGACAGUGGUGAAGAAAGAAGACGAACAGGUCUUCCCGUGUGUGACUGUCACAAAUCUGAAAAAGAAAAGAGGCAAAAGGGUAUUCGAUCCACCAGAACUAAAUAGCCACCAGAUGUCAGUGUUUGUCAACAAUACUGUCUUCAUGUAUCCUUGGUUGGUUCCACAAAGUGGGCUCUUCCCAAGUACAGUGAUGUUCCCGCAGAAAGUAUUCUUCACAGAAGCAGAGGACAAUCUUUUGGCUCUUGGUGAAUACCAAUUCAAUGCAUUCAUGAAGAGAUCAGAAUUGAUUAGAUAUUUUCUCUUGCCAACCAAAUCGGCAACACAGAUUCGGAUACGGACAAAGAACAUGUGUGCUACAAAAAAGGGGGAUAACUUGAUCAAGAGAGUAAAGUCUGGAAAGUUUGAACCCCAAAUGCCAAUUUUUUAUGAAACAUUGGAUCUGACAAAGAUAAAACCUAUCAUUGAACUGGACGGUGCUCAACAGCCAUGUUGGAUAGAGAAAUAUCAUAAAAUAUUUUCAAAGGAAGGAUCCAAGAAAAAGAGAAAGACAAAAUUGAAAAAGCAUAAUAAGGAAAAAGCCAAAGGAACACAAGGUGAAAAUAAAAAUGGUGACGGAGAAAAUGAAAUACAUGACACCAAAGAUAUUGGCACAGAUUCAGAAUGUUCCACAUGUUGUUCCUCAUGUGGUUCUUCAUGUGACUGUACAUCUGGAUCAGAAGACGAGGAAAUGAACGAAAUUUCAAAAGAUACCACAAUUAGCUCAUCGUGCGGUGGAAACCCCAACGACAAGGGGGAGACCACCCAAAAACCAAAUUCUCAAAAGGAGACGGAGACAGCUGAGGAGGAUCCGGCCUUAAGAGACCACUCUGAUGUGGGCUACAGCAAACACAAAGGUAUCCAAAUCCAUUAUGGGACCAGCGGGAGAAGCACUCCCACCUCAGGCACCACCACCAUUUCUAUACAGGCCGACCAGGCAAACAGAAAUAGCCCCACACAGUUUGUGUCCAUUCAAAAAUUUCAAAGUUCAGCUGAAACAUCAUCUUGUCAGGCUAAUCCUACAACUUCAGUGCCUGCUUCUUCAGGAGGGGCUAGCAGUGGAAAAGGACCUAAAAUGGACCCGAGAAAGCCACACCUUAAGCCUAUUGCUCCAGCACUUACAGGUGGACCAAUCAUCAUAGUUGCAGGUCCUCAGCAGAUGGGAGCCAUUAUCAGUACAGAUAAAGCCCCUGGUGCUGUCAUUCUCAAUCAGCAGAGUCCUCAACAACAGCGAAGUACCAGUCCAGUGAUUAUAAUGACCAGUCCACAGGUGGUCAGUCAGCAGGUGGCCACUGUGAAUGAAAGUAGGAGCAUGACUGUCCAGUCAGUGUCCAGUGUACCGACAUCUGGUGGUAAUGUCAUUGUAAAUAGCAGUAUUGUUACUGCUCCUCCUUGCUCUGAAUCACAGACUUUGAAUUCUGAAGUGAAUGGAAGUGAAGUAUCUAAUGUUCCUGCUACUGCUACAACUCAACAAAAUUCCCCAGUUGUUGGUAAAAUUGGUGCUGAAGUGUGUAGCCAAGAGAAUGCCAAAACUAAAGCUAUAACUCUUAAUGAGAACAGCCAUGCUUCGAGUGAUAUAGGGGUUACGAUAAGCAUGCCGACAGGAGACACAUUGCCAGAACCUGCUGGUGAAGGGAAAAGCAGUAAUGACAAUGACAUUGCUACUGCUGCGGCUCCUCUACAUGUCUCCAAGUUUGUGAGUGAAACGGGUGCAGCAGUGUCUAGUCAAAAGAAUGAUAUAACUAAACCUACAAGUCUUAAUGAGGACAGCCAUGCCUCCAGUGAUAUAGGGGUUACUAUUAGCAUGCCAAACCUAACAGUAGAGGGGUUGUCGAAAUCUGCUGUUGUCCAGAAAGGCAAUAAUGACAUUGACAAUGACAAUAACAAUGCAACUGCAACAUCGGAGGCUAUUGAAAUGGCUGGAUUGAACAACAUGUCUCCGGUGAAGCAAAAGGACUUUGACAAUGAUUCAAAUUCACCUACUAAAUCAGCUGUUCAAAUCAUGGCCAGUGUUGCAGGUUUUAUGAUCACCCCACCGAAGAGAGUGCUGAACUUAAAUGAAGAUGCUCUUCAUUCUCCACCACAAAUAGGGAAUUUCUCAAAACUUUCAACUCAGAAAGCUGUGAAAAUGCCACAGUUGGUCUCUCCAAGAUGCAGAACUAUUGCACCAAAGACUCCAGAGAAAACGCCAACAAAAACUGUUUCGCCUUUUCUGAAGAAAAUCCAGAAAAGUCCCAGAAGACAAUUGCUGCAGCAACAAGCUAGGGCAAUUCUUCCAAAAGGAUUUAUUUUCACAGCCCCCUCCGUAUCUCCAUCUAAAAAGGCUGCCCAUGCCAUAACUGAGAAAAUCAGAAGAGGUGGUCUGUCAAGAAAUAUGCCCACAAUCCUAAGGCGGAGUAGUCGUUUGAGACAACUUCUGCCAAAGGAUCCAGCCAAGGAAAGUUUUGACCUUCAGGUUGUCCCUGAGGGCGACAUCCCAGAUGAAGAUGAAGACCAAGAUGACGAUCUUGCCGAUGCUGAUGCUGAAGCUGCCAGUGAAUAUGACACCAUGGAGUCUGAGUAUGUAUCCGAUGAAAAUCAGCAGGACAAGGAAAACCAGGAAGAUGCGAGUAAAAUUAAACCUCAGACUAAGAAGAAAUUGACCAAAAAGAGGACGACCCAGAGAAAAACUAAUCGGGUGAUUGGUCCGCCGAGUGAUGGAAGUGAUGAUGAGGAUGAAAGCCCAGAUGAAGAUGAUCAUCUGGCACAACUAAUGGCGGCUAGUUCCACUAUUGGAUUCAAUCCUCAAAAAAGAUCUUCCCUACAAAUGAGCAAGAAGAGUAAGGCAAAGAAGAGAAAGGAGGCGACACUAGCCAUGUUGAUGCCAAACCUUAUUGAAGCCGAUACCUUGAAAGAUGAAAAGGACACAGCCUUUGCCCAAGCCUACUUAACUAAAGUGAAGGAAACUUUGAAGAAUGACCUCGACACCUAUGAAAAGUUUCUUAGAACUUUGUAUGAGUUUGAGAAGAGUCAAAGUUCACCAGUGCAACUGUAUAAUAGUAUCAGAAUAUUGCUAGGGAACUUCCCAGACCUGGUGAAUGACUUCUCGGGUUUUCUACUCCCAGAGCAGGCAGUGGAGUGUGGCUGCUUCAUGGCCAACAAGGAGUUUGAGAAAGUCAGGAUUUUUUUGAGGAAAUUGGAGGUUUGUUUUGGGAGGGAUUCAAGUCACUAUCAAAAGAUCCUGAAGGUAUUUUCUCGUUGGCAAAACAAAGGCAAAGGAAAUGUUGAAGAGCUGAAGACCACUGUGAAGCCAUUGCUCAAAGGACAGGCACAUUUACUGGAAGAAUUUUCUACUUUUUUCAUGGAUGCAAGGCCACCAGAAAGUCAAAUGAAUUGUUUUGAAGAAGUGAACCUAAGUGACAGUGGGGAUGAAAGCAAGAUGGCUGCCCUCGACGGUUUUGAAAUAGUGGAACUUCCUGAAGAAGACACAGACUGUGGCACAAAACGAUGUCGAUGCAACUGCCAUCAAAAUGCUCAAGAUGAAAAACUAAAGAAAAAGAAGAAGCAUUGUGCCUCCUGCUGCCCUCUUAAGAUUGUCGAUGGAAGAAUUUAUCUUCAGAUGGGUUCAAAGAAUCUGAGACCAGCACAGGUGAUAUUCCACCAUCCCCCCAAAGCAGCCCCCUCACCACCAUCUCUCUCACCACCACACACAAACCCUUCCCAGAAUUCACCAAAAAUUGCUGCCAGGCAACAAAACACAAACGAAAAGAGUAACAAUGCAAAAGAGGAUGUCUCCAAUUCAAUUCAGCAAGCCAGCAGAAAUGGAAAUGUACCCAGUGCUGCAUUUCUAAACAUUGACAUGAAUUUACAGGAACAAUCAAACGAGUCAGGGAGGAUACAAAAUUCAACUGAUCAAAAAUUGAAUGAAGAAGUGCGUGCUGUGGACUCACCUGUUUCAGAUGUGAUGCAAAGUACUCAGAUAUCUGAACUCUCUAGUGAUAGUGAUCUCCUCAAGGCUGCUUUACGCCAAUCUGGUAUAGAACCUAAUUCAAACUCAAUGGACGGACAGACACAGUUAACAGUGACCCCCUCUCGAUUGGGUCCUAUUAUGAGCAGUGACAUUAUGUUACCAUCAUCAGCAGCAUCAGCAUUUACCAGAGUGACAUCCUCUUCAUCCUCACAGUCGUCCUCUGAUGUCCAACCAACGUCGGGCUCACCAUUAGGUCUAACAUCCAAGACUCAAAGAAAAGUCGAAAUGAAAAUACAAAGACCUAGAAAAAGAGCCAAGCUGGUGACAUUGUCCACCACAGUUCCAUCUCAUGUACCAGAGCACUCGGCAUUCUCAGUUGCCAGCCAGGCAUCAAACCCAGACUCCAGCCAAACAACCACUCUGGACACCACUGUCCAGGCAGAACUGCCAGUUGUAACAGAGACACUGAACAUGCCUGAGAAAUUAAGUGCACCCGAGGUAUCCAGUGCUGCUUCAGAGAAAUCCAGUGUACAUGAAAACCCAAAUGCCUCAGAGAAGACGAGUGGAGCAGAUUCUAGAAGGAUAGUAAUGAAGAUCAAUUUGACUCAGAACAGUGCAGUUACCACAGUCUUGCCGCACAGUGAUGAUUCUGAAAGCUCUAAAGAUUCUUUUAUUUGGUCCAGAGAGGAUGACAAAAUAAUCUUAGAGACAUGUAAAACAGAAGAACCUACAGAUGAAACUUUCAUCAAAAUAGCUAGUCAGCUUUCUAGCAGGACAGCAAAACAGGUUCGGAACCGUUUUUACACUUUGAUGGAUAUUUUCUCUGAUGAUGGUACUUGUGAUGGUGAUGACAUAAGUACAGACUCCAAUGAUGUGUCUCUAUAGUAAUAUGUGGAAGACAUUGACUUGUGAAGUUCAGCAUUAGAAGCAUUAUUUUAAGACAAUAGUGUUCUUAUGUAUUUGUGAAAAUGGAUUGUAUUACCAAGUUGCCAGAAAGGUUUUCUUUUGUUUACUUUAACACUGGGGAAUUGUACAGUGUCUGAAGUAUGCUUUAGCAGAAUUAUUUUUGUUGCAGUUUGAAAUAGAACUGCAGUGAUUGAAAUUGUCAAGGUACUACAUUAUCAAAAUGUUUUUGUAGUAUGCAUACAUCAGUUACUGGGAUCAUGUGAGAUCUGAAGGAUUUUUCUUUGUUGACAGAAUUAU